CUGACCCUCCUCCACAAGACCAAGAAACACCAGGGGGAGCUGGAGAAGCAGCUGCUGCAGGCCAACCCUAUCCUCGAAGCCUUCGGAAACGCCAAGACCGUCAAAAACGACAACUCUUCCCGAUUCGGAAAAUUCAUCAGGAUCAACUUUGAUGUCAAUGGCUACAUCGUUGGAGCCAAUAUUGAAACUUACCUGUUGGAGAAAUCCCGUGCCAUUCGUCAGGCCAAAGACGAGAGGACCUUCCAUCUCUUCUACUACCUGCUCACGGGGGCCGGGGAUAAACUGCGAGAGGACCUCCUCCUUGAGAACUACAACAACUACCGCUUCCUCUCCAACGGGAACGUCACUAUUCCCGGGCAGCAGGACAAGGACCUGUUCACGGAGACUAUGGAUGCCUUCAAGAUCAUGAGCAUCCCUGAGGAUGAGCUGAUCGGCUUGUUGAAGGUGGUCUCCUCUGUGCUGCAGCUCGGGAACAUGAGCUUCAAGAAGGAGCGCCACACAGACCAGGCCUCCAUGCCAGACAACACCGCUGCCCAGAAGGUGAGCCACCUGAUGGGCAUGAACGUGACCGACUUCACCCGGGCCAUCCUGUCCCCGAGGAUCAAGGUGGGCCGAGACUACGUGCAGAAAGCUCAGACUCAGGAGCAGGCGGAGUUCGCCGUGGAGGCUUUAGCUAAAGCUACGUACGAGAGGAUGUUCCGCUGGCUCGUCAUGAGGAUCAACAAAGCUCUGGACAAAACCAAGAGGCAGGGGGCGUCCUUCAUCGGCAUCCUGGACAUCGCCGGCUUCGAGAUCUUUGAGCUGAACUCCUUCGAGCAGCUGUGCAUCAACUACACCAACGAGAAGCUGCAGCAGCUGUUCAACCACACCAUGUUCAUCCUGGAGCAGGAAGAGUACCAGAGGGAGGGCAUCGAGUGGAGCUUCAUCGACUUCGGCCUGGACCUGCAGCCCUGCAUCGACCUCAUCGAGAAACCCGCCAGCCCCCCCGGUAUCCUCGCUCUUCUGGACGAGGAGUGCUGGUUCCCCAAAGCCACCGACAAGAGCUUUGUGGAGAAGGUUCUCCAGGAGCAGGGCACACACCCCAAGUUCUUCAAACCAAAGAAACUGAAGGAUGAAGCCGACUUCUGCGUCAUCCAUUACGCCGGAAAGGUGGACUACAAGGCUGACGAGUGGCUGAUGAAGAACAUGGACCCUCUGAACGACAACGUGGCUUCUCUGCUCAACCAGUCCACCGACAAGUUUGUCUCUGAGCUCUGGAAGGACGUGGACCGCAUCGUGGGUCUGGAUAAAGUCUCUAUGGCCGAUAUGCCCGGUGCCUUCAAGACCCGUAAAGGCAUGUUCCGCACAGUCGGCCAGCUGUACAAAGAGCAGCUGUCCAAACUCAUGGCCACUCUGAGGAACACCAACCCUAACUUUGUCCGCUGCAUCAUCCCCAACCACGAGAAGAAGGCCGGUAAACUGGAACCUUUUCUGGUUCUGGACCAGCUGAGGUGCAAUGGAGUUCUGGAGGGGAUCCGUAUCUGCAGACAGGGCUUCCCCAACCGCAUCGUCUUCCAGGAGUUCAGACAGAGGUAACAGGAGAAAUAC